AUGUUCCUUCCAAGUGUCCAUGCUGAGCAAGACACCGAGGUUCUCCUCCAAUUCAUCAGAGAGAACCCUCUUGGCAUUCUUAUCACAGGCCUGAAGUCCUCUGAACAAGACUUCUUACAAUGCACCCAUGUACCAUGGGUUCUCGACCUACCAGAAGAGUCCGGUGGUGAAAAUGCCCAUAUUCGUGCGCAUAUCGCCAAACAAAACCCACAAGUAAAGGCAAUGAUCGAAGCCGUGGAUGAAAAACCACCCAAUGUCCUGGAAUUGGACGAGGAUGUCUUGGUUCUUUUCAAUGGACAACACGAUCACUACGUGACGCCCAAGUUCUACAUUGAAACCAAGCCCGACACCGGCAAGGUUGUCCCUACCUGGAACUAUGCUGCGGUCCAGGUAUAUGGCAAGCUUUCGCUUUACUAUGACUCAAAGACAGCUGAGACGGAAUCGUUCCUAGCGCAGCAGAUCCACGAUCUUUCUGCUCAUACUGAAAAGUCCGUUAUGGGCUAUACUGGCGGGGAUAAACCUGAGGCGUGGACUGUUGACGAGGCUCCAGAGCGCUACGUCGAGCUUUUAAAGCGGAAUAUUGUGGGUAUCAAGAUUGAGGUUAAGAAAAUCCAGGGGAAGUUUAAGAUGAGUCAGGAGAUGCGCCAGGGUGAUCGUGAAGGAGUGGCUCAAGGAUUUGAAAAAUUAGGAGGUGAAACAGGCCAUGCUAUUUCAGAAUUGGUGAAGAGUCGAGGACAGCUGCAUGAUUUGAAAAAGAAAGAGGCUAAAUAG